CAUUGCAUAAUAUUUUUUUGUAUUAAAAAUUGACAUUUUUAAUAUUAUAGAUAUUAUUUAAGAAAAAUAUUACGGAGUAACUUCUUAUUAUUUUAAUUGUUUUUUAUGUUUUACCCCUAAUUUUCUUCUUAUCUUUCUGCUCUCGUUCUUCUUCAGUUUUCCACGCUUCGCUGCUUAGAGCCUUAAACCUAAUUACGUCCGGUCUAAGAUUGCAAUAGUGAAAUGGAAACUGCAAUAGGAGAGGCCUCAAACAAUUCCGAUUCUGAUCCAAAACCCCAAGUCAUAUAUCGCUGUAAGAAAUGCCGAAGAAUUGUUGCUUCAGAAGAACAAGUCGUUCCUCACGAGCGUAAGGGCAGUAAAAAACGUUUCGGAUGGGGCAAGAGGAGGGAUGAUGAUGAUGCUGUUGAACCCGAAUGCUCAUCGAUUUUCGUGGAACCCAUGAAGUGGAUGGAAAUACUGGAGGAAGGUCUUGUGCAAGCAAAGCUCCAUUGCUUGGGGUGCAAAGCGCGCUUAGGGUGCUACAAUUGGGCAGGGAUGCAGUGCAACUGCGGCACAUGGAUUAACCCUGCGUUUCAGCUGCAUAAAAGCCGACUGGACCGAUGCCAUUGUUGAGUGAACACAUUAUCGUUGCAUACAAAUGUGAAUAAAUUUUGCUAGUUCGCGUUUCUUAGGAUUCUCUUUGUUAUCGAAUCAUGCGGAGGAGACUGUUUCCAUUGGAUCUUUCUAAUUGACAAACCAUUGCUGCUGUUAUUGCAAUUUUUGUCUGAACUCUGAAGUUUCAAGUAGCCAUUAGAUCCUCUGCUUCAAGGCCGUGAAUGCCAGUUUUUGUGUCUCUAGAAUAAAAUUUAGAUGCUCUC